AUAGAUUAAGAAAUGAAGUCAACUCCUUUGGUAGACUAAAAAGAAUAAAAGGUUUUUGAGCUGAAAACUGAAAAAAGCUUUAGAAAUGGCAGAAGUGGUGAAUUUGCUAGCAGAGAACUUAACCCAGCUUCUAAAAGAGAACAUCCAGCUCAUCUCCGGCCUCAAGGACGACGUCGAGAAGCUUCUAGAUGACCUAGGCGACUUCAAGGCGUUCCUCAAAGAAGCCGGAAAGGUCUGCUACGACAACGACAUCCUCAAGCGCCUCAUCGCAAAGAUCCGAAACGUAGUUAACAAGGCGGAGGAUAUCAUCGACAAAUAUGUGGUGGCCACCAGAUCCCACUACGACAACAAAUGGAAGCGCUAUCUGGAUAUCGAACACCCGGGUCGAAAAUUGGAACUCGCCAAAGAUAUUCAGAUGAUCCGGAGCAGCAUGGAAAGUAUCCGAAAGGACCCGGCCUUUGACCUCCAUCUUCUCCGAGAUGAAGCGUUACCCAACAGAGGACCCAGGCAAAUUGAGAUUCCUAUUGUGGAAGAAGAAUACGUGGUGGGGUUUGAUGGCGAAGCUGAUGCUAUAAUUGAACGUCUGAUUGGUGGAUCAGAAGGGCAUGAAGUUAUCUCGAUUACGGGUAUGCCAGGACUGGGCAAGACCACUUUAGCCAACAAGGUGUUCAAGGAUGAAAAAGUUAAAUGUUACUUCAAGAAUCGUGCUUGGAUUUAUGCUUGUGGAGUAUACAAAAGAAGGGAUAUUUUUCUAAGGAUACUCAAGGAGUUAAGCAAGCUGUCCAAAAGCUACCCGGAUGACAUGACUGACGAGGAUUUAGCAAAGGAAAUAUGUAAAUAUUUGGGUUCAGAAAAGUAUUUUAUUGUAAUGGAUGAUGUGUGGACAGUAGAAGAUUGGCAUAAGCUCAAAAUUGCUUUCCCAAAGAACAAUGGAAGCAGGGUAUUGGUUUCUACACGGCACAAUGUUGUGGCUAUGCAUGCCAAUUCUAAAGGUGGCCCUUAUAAACUAAAACUGCUAAAAUUCUUAAGUGAAGACGAGAGCUGGGAGCUACUCCUGAAGAAGGUCUUCCAAGAGGAAAGCUGUCCCGAUGAGUUAAAAAAGUCUGGGCAAAUCAUUGCUAAAAAAUGCGAUGGACUGCCACUGGCAAUAGUAAUAAUUGCGGGUAUUCUCAUAGGUAAACCAAAUACGAGUGCUGCAUGGGACAAGGUAGCGGAGAGCAUGAGUGACUUCUUCAAAAUGGGAUUGAGGAGUUACGAGAACCUAAUAAGGAUGAGUUACAAUCAAUUGCCUUACGACCUGAGGAGUUGCUUCCUUUAUUUCGGGGCUUUUCCUCAAGGAAAUGAGAUCCCGGCAGGAAAACUCAUUAAGUUGUGGAUUGCUGAAGGUUUUAUCGAGGAAGAGGAACAAUUAUUAACCUUGGAGGACAUAGCUUAUGAAAAAUUGAGCGAUCUUGUCAAUAGGAGUUUGGUGAUGGCAACGCAAAGGAAGUCAAAUGGACACAUCAAAACUUGUCGCAUUCAUGACAUGUUGCACGAGUUUUGCAAGAAGGAGGCUCGAGCAGAGAAAAUAUUUGAAGAUAAAAUGAAGCAGGUCCAGAGCAGGCAAGCAGAUACUUGCCGCCGCCUUAGUGUCCAGUGCGAUGUUUUGGAGUUCUUCUCUUCAUAUCAGGCUGCUGAGCAUGUCCGCUCUCUGUUAUGCUUCUCCUCGAAUAAAUUCGAACUCCCUGCAGAAAAAAUUCCAAUCAUUCGCCACGCAUUUCCGCUGCUAAGGGUGUUACACACUGCACCAGAUGAAUCUAUCAUCUUCACAUGUUUUCCUAAAGACAUGACCAAAUUAUUCCAUUUAAGGUACAUUGCAAUAUCAACUACCCUCAAGAUCCUUCCCAAAGCCAUUAAUGAACUGCGGAGCAUGCAGACUCUUAUAGUUAGAACGACACAAAGUACCAUUGAUAUAAAAGGAGACAUAUGGCAAAUGACACGAUUGAGGCACUUGCAAACAAAUUCAUCUGCCCAAUUGCCUCCACCUUCUCCCUCCAAGACCAAGAAAGAUCCUUUUCCAAAUAGAAACUUGCAAACACUUUCAAGGAUUUCACCUGAAAGCUGCACGGCAGCUAUACUGGCCAAAGCUCCAAAUUUGAAUAACUUGGGUAUACAAGGAAAUUUGGCCAAGCUUUUUGAAACCAACAAGGAUACUGGGUCUAGUUUGUUCAAAAGCCUCGGAGAAUUGAAAUCUUUGGAGAAACUGAAGCUGUUGAACCAUGGUGGGAAGUUGCAGCGCCUCCCUCAGAAGUAUGAAUUUCCACAAAAUAUUAGGAAGCUGACCUUGUCCAAUACCCAGCUGGGAUGGAGUGAAUUGUGUGUAUUGGGAUCCCUGGAGUAUCUCGAAAUCCUGAAAUUGGUGGAUAAUGCAUUCGAAGGAGAGGAGUGGGAGCCAUCCAAAGGCGGGUUUAAACGUCUGCAGUUCUUGCGAAUUGAGAGGACAGAUUUGAAGUCAUGGAAGGCUUCUAACCUCCACUUCCCAUUACUAAAGACUCUCAUUCUUAGACAAUGCCUUAUGCUCGUGGAAGUCCCACUUAGCUUUGCAGAAAUAGACAGCCUUCAAGAGAUGGAACUGAAUCAUACCAACCCUACUGCUGCACACUCAGCUCUGAAGAUCAUAACGAUAAAGCAAGAGAAAGAGAAGGAAGUAAAGGAAAAAGGGGGACUCCACCCGAGAUUCAAGCUCAAUAUCUAUCCCCCUGAUGAUCGCAACCAGAUAAAGCAAACUAAACAUAGCAAUGGUGGCAUCUAGCAGAUGAUGUUUUGCCAAGAUUAUAUAUGUUCAAAGUGAAUUUGCUAAAGCAAGGUUCCAUCUCUUUCUCGACCCAGAUGAGAUCUUAACAUUCUUGAUAUUAUGUUGUAUAUAUAUGUUCAAAAUCAUCAUUUGUUUCGAUUAAAUAUCAAUAAGGCAUGAAUUGAAGUAUGCUGAUGAGAUAAAUAAUUUAAAAUGAACUUGCUUUUU